AUGGCUCAAGAUGACUGGGGACACAACCAAGACAGCUGCUCUGCUCUGCACCGAGCCUACAACCUGCCUUCAGUCUUCCUCCUAGAAUUGGAAGCCGGGGAUAGACCAGGAGAGGUUGUCAGCACCAGCUGUGGCACUCACCCUCCAGUAUGCUUGGCAGAGGUUGUGAAGCGGCUGUGGUACUGUGAAUACCUGGGGAAGUAUUUCUGUGACUGCUGCCACUCCUAUGCGGAGUCCUGCAUCCCUGCCCGGAUCCUGAUGAUGUGGGACUUCAGGAAGUACUACGUCGGCAAUUUCUCCAAACAGCUGCUCAACAGCAUAUGUCACGAGCCCAUUUUCAAUCUGCUGAGCAUCGGCCAAAACCUGUAUAUGAAAGCCAAGGAGCUGGACAGAGUGAGGGAAAUUCAGGAGCAGCUCUUCCCUAUCAAGAAGCUGUUGAAGACCUGCAGGUUGGCUGACAGUGCAUUAAAGGAGUUUGAACAGGUGCUGGGACACUUGGCUGAUGAGCUCCACCUGUUCUCUCUCGAGGACCUGGUCAGGAUCAAGAAAGGGCUGCUGGCACCCUUGCUCAAGGACAUUCUGAAAGCUUCCCUCGCACACGUGGCCGGCUGUGAGCUGUGUCAAGGAAAGGGCUUUAUUUGUGAAUUUUGCCGGAAUACGACUGUCAUCUUCCCGUUUCAGAUGGAAACAUGUAGAAGAUGUUCAGUGUGCAGGGCUUGCUUUCAUGAACAGUGCUUCCGGUCCUCCGAGUGCCCCCGUGUGAGGAUCACAGCUAGGAGGAAACUUCUGGAAAGUGUGCCCUCUGCAGCAACAUGAUGCCCCUGAGUAUUGUGAAAAAGACUGUUCAACAUGCCUUGUGAUUACCCCAAUUCAUGUCUAUUAUUGGUGACAUUGUUUUAGAUACCAGGUAUUCUCUAUUAAGGAAAAAGAUGGUCAAUAUUCUCUUUAUUGUAUAUACUUAAUAUUUCAGAAGAAUGCAGAUUCUGUGAUUAGGCACGGGAUUAACAGUGGCUUUGUUUACAAACGCCACUAUUGACUGCUCUUGGUUUUUCUAAGAGUUUUUGAUACUUCUGUAUUUGAAUAGUUACGUUGAACUGAUGUUGAGCCAUUUUGUGUGUGUGUGUGUGUGUGUGUGUGAAUUGUAACUAACAAGAUGAAUUACUCAAUUUCUCCUCCUCUAAAACUUGUUUGAUGAAACUGAUUGGUACUUUCAGUGAACAAAAAUAUGACCCCAAAUCUGUUUGCUCUGGCUUUUAUUUUAUUAGAGACAGACCUCGAUUUAAAUGCCAUUUUGUGAUUGUGUCGAUCUUACACAUUUUAUUUACUCCAGAGUUUGAAUAAAGAGUACACAUUUCUUCUGCAGAUUUAUUUUGUGCUGAGUUUGAGUUGCUUAGCAGGGCGUGUAGGUCCAGUUGAAGUGCAGUUUGAAGCAGUUGCCUCUAGAUGGCACUCUUUCAGAUGGCACAAAUUGAACCUGCAUUUGUUGCUCUGUUCCACCCACUGCAGCGACAAGGGAGGCAGAAGUGAGAACUCCAUCCCUGCCUUUGGGGAUCUUGCUUUAUACAUGUAAAACUGAACAUAAGGUAUUUGCAGCUUUAAACAAACUGGGGAAAAUACUCUUAAUGAACAGCGUGGUUCUAGUGACAACAUUAAAAUCAUAGACAUUGACUCAUAAGGUUAAAUGAAUCACAAAACCUUGAUGAAUUUCUUUUUCCUAAUAGUUCUUAGAUGUUUUCCUGAAACAUGUGAGCCUAUUUUUUUCUUCUACUUUCUAUAUACUUGCUCCUACUUGAGAAAGGGGCCUUGAGGCUGGGUUCCUUCAUGUUAUAUCUUUAGACUGAACAGUUUUCAACCCAGGGUUUGGGUAUUACAUUCCCUGAGCUUCACAUGCCGUAACUAAACCGACCUUGAUUUUCUCAGACAGCACGGGCAGGCAACAGGGACACAGGGACAACAGGACAGGUUGUCCCCAACCCCAUCCAGCCAUGUGUACGUGUGUUUUAUUCAGCGGGAUAGUAUUGAGCACAGGAAAGAAAUGAAUGACUUCCGUCAGUCUCUUUUCAUUCAGUCUUUUCAUUCUGACCAUUGUUUUCUCAUCCUCGAUGUCUCUGCCAGAACUGUGCUCACAUUCAUUAUUUAAGUCAGACCUUUUUUAAGUAAUAUAGACGUAUAGGCACAUAGAAUAAAUAGAACCAGA